AUGGCGACUCGAGAGGUGAUGUCCGUCUACUUAGCGGAGUUGAUGUCAACGCCCAAUCUCCCCUCAGUCACAUUCAUUGUUACCGCCGUCACCCUCCUUUCUAUCUACAUGCUACAACGCCCCAAGACAAAUGUGCCGCUCCUCACCCUGAAAAAGAGAUUUGAGUUUUCCAAUAAAAGGGUCAAACAAAACUUGAUACGGGAUGCGAUCGGAGUGGUAAAGCAGUGUUUCGCAACCACUGGCAAUAAGCCUUUUCGUAUGAUUACAGAGAGUGGAGAAGAAAUCACUAUUCUCCCAGCAACUUUCGCCAACGAGAUCAGGAACGAUAACCGCCUGAGCUUUGAAGAGCAAAUCCACAGGAAUUUCUUCGGCCAUCUGCCUGGAUUCGAAGUCUUUAGGGUCAACAGUGAAAAUAUGAAGCUUAUGAAAUCUGUUGUCCAACGGCAGUUGACAACUAACCUUGGCAAGUUAACUAAGCCUCUCUCUGACGAAGCUACCCUGUCCUUUCGGGAGAUACUCACAGAUAAUAAAGAGUGGAAUAAAAUUACCAUAAAGGAGAAGUUUCUGCAAAUUGUUGCCCGUGUCUCCUCCAAGGUAUUCCUGGGCGACGAAUUGUGCCACGACCCCAAAUGGUUAGAUAUCACCAUCGCUUAUACCCUCGUUGCGUUCGGUGCCGCAGAAGCUCUACGAUUGUGGCCUGCAUGGACAAGAGAUUUCGUCCACUGGUUCCUACCGGAAUGUAGGCAGUCUCGAGCUGAAGUCAAAAAGGCACGUAAGGUUAUUCAGCCUUUCCUUAAGAAGCGGGCUGCCGACAAGGCGGCCCUUGCGGCUCAGGGAAAGAAACCACCUGUGAUCCACGAUGCUAUUGAAUGGUUCGAACAGGCCUCAGGAGAAGUGGAGGGCUUGUAUGAUCCCGUUGUUGUCCAGCUUGGACUUAGUCUCGCUGCUAUUCACACCACGACCGACCUUAUCAUCCAAGUAAUCCUCGGUCUCGUUGAACACCCCGAAAUCAUUGAACCGUUGAGAAAGGAGAUUUUCGACGCCCUUAGUGAGGGUGGGUGGAAGAAGACCUCCCUCUAUAAAAUGAAGCUGCUCGACAGUGUCAUCAAGGAGAGUCAGCGAAUGAAGCCCAUCAGUUCCAUAACCAUGUCCCGCGUCACCCUCGACAACAUCACUCUAUCCGAUGGCACGACUAUCCCCAAGAACGUCAUGACAGCCGUAUCUUCCAACAGGAUGUGGGAUCCCACCGUUUACGCAGACCCAGACCAAUGGGACGGCUACCGCUUCUACAACAUGCGCCAUCAGCCCGGCCAGGAGAACACUGCGCAAUUAGUCACUACCAGUCCCGAUUUUCUAGCAUUUGGACACGGUCAGCAUUCCUGUCCCGGUCGCUUCUUCGCUGGCAACGAGAUCAAGGUGAUAUUAUGCCAUUUACUGCUCAAGUAUGAUUUGAAAUUGGUAGAAGGGGCAUAUACAAAGCCGUUCUCAGUGUCGCAUUCUCUGUAUGCGAAUCCGUUUGCGCCAGUUAUGAUUCGGAGGAGGGAUGAGGGGAUUGAUAUCGACUCGCUGGGGUCGUAG